AUGCCUGAGGCAGUGCAUCUGCAGAUCUUCCUCGGUGCAGGCCUGUCCCUCCUCUGCCUCAGCAUCCUCCUGGGCUGUGCCAUGUGCUGGUGGCACCGCCGGCGCCCAAGUCCCCACCCCAUCCGGGAGUGGGCAGCCAUGGAGCUGGGACCUGCUCUGCCUGCCAUGACUGUGCCAGUGCCCAUCCAGCAACAGUACGAGGAGAUGGCAGGAGAGGUGCUGGCGGGAGCGUGGCAGCGCCGCUGCACCAUCUCUGGAGCCAAACUCCUCCGCAACAAGGAGAGCCCGCUGGUCCGCCCCGUCGCAGGAUCCCCACUGCCCUCCGAGCAGCGUCCCCGGCUCCACUGCGACUUGUCCUACUCACCACCGGAGGCCAUUCUCACCGUGACGAUUCUCGGCGUCUCCCACCUGCCCAAGGGGCUGCAGGACGACCGGGGCUCCUACGUCAAGGUGUACCUGGUGCCGCGGCUCCCGGCGUGCCAGCGCGUGGCCGUGCGCCGCCGGAGCCUCCGCCCUGCCCCCCUGGAGCCAUGCCAGUUCGGCCCAUACAGCCCAGAGGAGCUCAGCAGCUUCACCCUGCGCUUCGCUGUCUACGCCAGGUCGCGCAGCCUCAGGGACUCCUUUGUGGGGGAGGUCCUGUUCCCCUGCGCCCAGGCCUCUUGGGACCCCCAGGCCUCUUCUGGCUACACCUGGGAGCUGGCGAGCACCAAAACCAAGCUCAGGAAGUGCCUCAGAGCCCACAACAGGAGCUGCAGCAUCCUCUCCUCAUCACCCAAAUCCCUCGGCCAGCUCUUCCUUCUCCUCCAGUACCAGGCUCUGGCCAGCCGCAUCAAGGUGCUGGUCCGCAAGGCACAGGACCUGGGCCGGCUCUCACGCAUGCCAGGCACGCCAGGUCACUACAUCAUCAUCCACCUUUACCACAAUGGCUGUGUCAUUGACACCAAGGAGACCAAGUCCAUCAGUGGCUACAACCCUGUGUGGAACAAGCCUUUCCUCUUCAACAUCCCUGCUGGGGAUAUCCAGCAGCAAGAGCUGGCAUUGGAAUUCGUUGUCAUGCAGGCUCACCUCCACACCCGUGGCUCUGCGCUGGGCUGUGUGCGGGUGGGGCCACGUGCCCCUGGGACCGGGCUGCUCCACUGGAGGGACAUGUGCAGCCAGGGACCACUGGAGUCAGAGCAGUGGCACCAGAUCCAGCCCAACACCCUCAGACCCUGA